ACUAAUAAUUGGAGACAUUGCUGCUGUGAGCUGCGCGUGAGCUCUCAGCCGCAGAAAUGCAGCACGAGCGCCUGCUCAAAGUUCUGGUGAUAGGGGACUUGGGGGUCGGGAAGACUUCCAUCAUAAAGCGCUACGUGCAUCAGGUCUUCUCUCAGCACUACAGAGCCACCAUCGGGGUGGACUUCGCACUCAAAGUGCUGCCCUGGGAUCUCCCCACCGUGGUUCGGCUGCAGCUGUGGGACACGGCGGGACAAGAGCGCUAUGGAAACAUGACCCGCGUGUACUACAAAGAGGCAGUCGGGGCACUAGUCGUCUUUGAUAUGACCAGACUGUCCACAUUUCAGGCUGUCCUAAAGUGGAAAGGGGAUCUUGACUCCAAGGUCGCCCUGACUAACGGGAGACCGGUUCCAGCCGUCCUGUUGGCGAAUAAGUGUGACCAGCGCAGGCAUGGCUUGUGUCCCAAGCUGCCCAAACUGGAGAACUUCUCCAGGGAGUAUGGAUUUGUGGGCUGGUUUGAAACUUCUGCAAAGGACAACACCAACAUCGAUGCAGCCAUGGCAUGUUUGGUGAAAAACAUCAUGUCUGUAGAGGAGGAAAACGCGUUGAAGGACGAGGCUGACAAGGAAGCAGAGGGAGGGGUAAUCGUUCUGCCUCACUUUGACUACAACACCAAGGCGAAAGGUCUAAGUGGAUGUUCAGCUUGCCCCAGUAAACCCAAACAUGAAGGCAGUGACUAAGGCAGAAGGGGGAGUUUAAACACAUUCUUUUAAAAUAUUUUAAAUAUGUAUAUGAAUACCCCCCUCUUAAACACCAACUCCAUUAUCUGCUUUUGAUCAAUAAUCAUCAAGAUUGCUAAGAAAAUUUCAAGAAUUUCUUUCCUGAAACAGAUGUAGAGUGGAGCUCAUCAAUGAGCUUUACAUAACAACCUUUCCUCUCACUUAAAUUUCCCUUUUUAUAUGAUUUCUUGAGUUUUUCAAGUGAUCAUGUAAACAAAAUAUUCCAACAUCAUUUGUCCUAUAGCGUCAGUUUUCAAUUUUUUUAAAUAUUUGGUUUCUUUCCACAAAUCUAACUUCUUCAUACCUAUUUAUCUGAUUUUUUGUUGUUGUAAUUUUUCCAUAUUAACAUGUAAAAAGACUACUUGGUUAGAAAAAUAGGUAGAAAAUACCAGAAAUUCCAGCAAAUGUUUAUUGAAAAUUAAAAGAACAAGGACAGAGGCUGGAUGUUCCACAGCAAACUUCCACAGAUGAAAAGGACUACAGAAGCAUGUAGCUCAUUUAAUAGAUGUAAACUGUCCGUUUUAACUUUUAAGACAGUAAAUAUGGCUAAUUUUAAUAAUAUUUAAUUAAAUUCAGUACAUAUGUAUUUAUAUGGGCCCUUAACAAGACCACAGCCAAAGAAGGCGCCUCAGGUUAAACAACUCCUAAGCUUUGUUCACAUAGCUCUCAAGAACAUGACUUCAAGCACCAGCUUCCAAUGAGUCUAUGUGAACGAAUAAAUGCACAAUUUCAGUCUUCUGUGUUUAAAAUGUGCAUCCCCUCCAGGGAAGCGCGCCCCACAGUUUGAGAACCACUGUUCUAGUAUAUACUUAAUUUUAGUAAUGACUCACCAACGUUGGUGAGCAACCUUCAUCAGAAUUUCAGUUUUCCUAUUUUUUUUUUUUUUUUUAAAGUAGCUUCAGUUUUAGUACACACAAAAAAUGUAUUUUAAUCUGUUUUCUCACUUUUAAUCACCUUUGUUUAAGUCAAGUUGCUGUGUUAAUUUAUAUUGCGUGUUCCAUUAAUACAUUUUUUUAACUGGAUUUUUAUUUGUUUCUGCACCAAUAUAAAUAAUAAACAUUUGUUUUCAUAAUA